AUGAUACAGAGCCAGCUGCGCCAGUUUAUACGAUCUUCUGUCAUGCGCUCAAAAAAUCGUUUCAAAGGAUUCUGGUCCCGACAAUGGUCUCAAAAAAGUAUCCCUUUAUUCAAGGAGAGCCUGAAUGGAACUUACGAACCGAUCGUGGAAGAGGAUUUGUUCAGAUAUAUUCGACACCGAUGGUUAUUCAAUGAACAAAAUGAACUAGCGCGUCGCUAUUUGCGAUUUAACGUUGAAAAACUUGCCGAAAUUGCCCUUGGAGCUGCCGGGAAUGGAGCUCGCGCCUGUGUAAAGGUUGUAAAAUGCGUUGAAGGCCUGCAUAAUAAAGCGCUGAUUCUCACAAUGGACAAUGGAUGCGAAGUCUUUGCCAAACUUCCAAAUCCAAAUGCUGGUCCCGCUCACUACAACACUGCUUCCGAAGUUGCAACCAGGCAAUUUCUUCGGGAUGUAGCCAAAAUACCAGUUCCCCGUGUGCUUGCAUGGUCAUCUGAUCCACGGAACCCAGCUGAGGCUGAAUAUAUCAUUGAAGAAAAAGCGCAAGGAGUCAGGCUUGGGAGCUUAUGGCCUCAGUGGCCUCGAAAAUCAAAAGUUGAAGUUAUUAAACAAAUAGCGGACAUGGACCAAGUGCUUUGUUCCUUCGAAUUUCGCAAGCAUGGGUCCAUUUAUUUCAAGAAAGAUUUGCCCGCCUCAGACUUUACGCAACAUGAAAAUGUGCUUAUCAAUUCGUCACAACCACCGGAUAUUACUGACUGUUUUGGACUGGGCCCGGUUACUUCUGCCGGACUUUGGAAAAGUGGACGCGCGGACAUGGAUUUAGAUAGAGGGCCUUGGCUCAAUUCUUCCGAGUACGCCUACGCAAUGGCAAAGAAUGAGAUGAAAUGGAUACUUGCCCACGCAAGGCCGCGAAUGAAUUACUGUCGAUCAAUGAAACAACCCGAGGUUCCUGAGGAUGCAAUUUCACUACUUUCCAAGUACAAUGAGGCUGUGCCUUACUUGACCCCGCGAGAAAAUGAAGGAAAGAUGAAUGUACUCUGGCACCCUGACUUGCACCUAGACAAUAUUUUUGUCGACCCAACAUCACAUAAAAUCACUUGCAUUAUUGACUGGCAGGGUGCUACUGUGGCUCCAUUAUUCUAUCAUUCAUGUAUUCCAAGAAUGGUCAGACAUGACGGAACCGUGAGAGAAGGCUGGAUCGUUCCCACUCGACCUGAUAAUUUUGACACGCUUAGCGAAGAUGAAAAGAAGAAAGUUAACGCAGACCUUGAAAACGAGACACUGCACAAAUUCUAUGAGGCCAUGGUCAACAAACGAGCACCACGCCAUUGGGCUGCUUUAGAGCAGCUAGAAGCCAUCAAACUAAAGCGAAAUCCAACCUUGCUGAUUACCGGCCUAUGGGAAAAUCGGAAUUUAUUCUACCUCCGCCACAGUUUGUACACUGUGGCAGCUCUCUGGAAUCAAAUUGAGCCGGAUGACAAUAUUGAGUGCCCUAUUGAGUUUACAGAGGAGGAUGGAGAGCGACAUUUGAAAGAAGAUGAGAAUAUAACUGAUGUUGGCAAAAUGCUUUGUUUGUUUCGGGAUGAGAGGGCCCUUCCAGAGGAUGGUAUGGUUACCCCUGAAGACUUUGAGCUGGCAAUGAAGAACUGUGAGAAAUUCAAGGAAAUAUUCUUGAAUUUAGCCACCAGCAAGGAUGAGAGGGAGCUCUUCUCUAAGCUGUGGCCCUAUCAGGAGCUGGAGGCUUAG